AAGUUGAAUUUUAGAGCCUGAAUUACAUUGUUAGUGUUUGUGUUCCAAGCAGAAACUGAAGAUGGACAAAUCCCAGAAUGCAAGUUACCAAGCUGGCGAGGCCAAGGGCCAAGCUCAGGAAAAGGCGGGCAACUUGGCGGAAAAGGCAAGCAAUGCUACUCAAUCUGCCAAGGAAUCAUGCCAAGAGGCUGGCCAGCAGAUGAAGGAUAAGGCACAAGGGGCUUGUGAUGCUGUUAAGGAUAAAGUUGGAGCAAACAAAUGAAAAUCAUAUUGGACCUCAUCCAUCUAGCAAGCCCUCCCAAAUAAAUUUUGUGCUUAUUAAAUUUUAAUUUAUGAAUUUUGAUUUCUUCUACUUUGUACACUAUUUUGAUCUUGCUCUCAUUGAGUUGGUUGAAUUUGUCAUUUGAAUUAACAUGGGAACUCCUUUAUUGAGUUUU